CGUGAAAAGGCUGCUUAACCAAGGCCAAUUGCUAUUGCUAGCUCGAAAACAUGUUGGAGAUUUCAUCGCAUAUAUUCGCACUGGACUAGACUGCAUGUAACUUUAUGUUUAUCAUCUCGAUUCUGGACUCGAUUCAACAUAUAGGGCUCUACCAUUAUUAUGAGAACAGGACAGCCUCAGGACCUAGAUGGAACCUUCAACCUAUGAUGUAGCUGACUCUGAGAUGUGCGAGUCAGCAACCAUGGAAUCUGGAUGUAGCAGUGAGGAAACCUUGUCGGUACUGAGAUCGUGUGACUUGACAACUGCGAUUUCGCGGGGGAAGGCGAGUGAAGAGAUGCUAGAGCGAUGUGCUCAAGAGGGUCGUAUUGAUGUCCGAAACAAGGAAGGACAAACACCGCUGAUGCUCGCAUGUUUGACAGGUCUUGAGGAUGUUGUCAAGUUCUUGUUGGCAAAUGGUGCCAACCCCAACUCCAAUAGUUUAAUGAAGGGUAAUACCCCUUUGCAUUUUGCAUGCAUGGUAGAAGACACAGUAGAAGAGGAGUACUUAUCUGGAAGAUGCUAUCAACCCAAAAAAUGGACGACCAUCAAGGUAUCUAUUGUGAAGCUUCUUCUGAAGUAUGGAGCAUCUGUUCAGAAGAACCUAGAUGGAUGGACUCCAGCAUGUGUAGCUGCAUUUAACAUGUUUAAGGACAUUGUUGACUUCUUCUUGUUGAUUGAUGAUGGUAGUCCUUUGGAGGACAAAAUCACUGCUUCUCAAAUACUUGGAGUUUCACAAGCUACUCUUGAUGAACCGGCUCUCAAAGAUGCAUUUAACUCUUUCCGCAGAGCCUUAGACUUACAAGAAGAUGCAGGAGUUAUCACAGGCCAAGCUGAAACUUCUGAACUUGCAUUGUGUUUCUCGAAGCUCUCUUUGACAGAAUUUCACACAUCGGAGGAAAUCUGGUCGGUUCGAUCGUCUGAAAGUGCUUUUAAGGCCCAUGCAUUCUUAGUUGGUGAGAGAUUAUUUCCCCCAAGUCUCAAGCAGAAAUACCUCUACCCAUCCCUUACACACUUUGCAAGUCUUUUAAUGUUCCAAGAAGACAUGGUAGAAGCAGGCUUUCAAAUAUUCUCCUAUACCCUUGGUUUGGAAAGAUGUGGAGAAUUGAAGCUAGGAACAGUACUAGAUCACAUAGCUGAUAAAUAUCAAGAUCACUGUGUGUAUGAUGGCAAAAAAGCACCACAACCUCUUGUUCGUCAACGUGCACGAGAUCUGCUGUGUGCCUAUGAUUCAGUAGUUAAUAAUGUAAAUGUACAUAUUGAUAGUAUGUCGGGGAUGUGUCAUUCGCUUAUAGAUAGCUUUGGUGACAUACUUUUUGCUGAAGUUUUUUCUGGGUUUGGUUUUGAUGACUUGAAAUCCACCUUGGAAGAUGUAGAGAAGUUACUGAGGGUCAUUCAAGGUAGGGCAUUUAGGGAAAGGCAAGAUGAGUAUCCCAAGAUGCCUUCUGUAGCACACAAAAUCAUGAAACUUCUGCUGGAACUCUUAGACAGCGGAAGAGAUUUAAUAGAUAGAAGCCACCUUCUGAAGGUAAAAUUUGUGUUGCUCAGGGUUCUAAUGUCCGACAAUGCUUCUUACCAGGAUGUGUCCUGCGAAGAAACUCCUUUCCAGGACGAGUCCGGUGGCAACACGCUGCUGCACUUUGUAGCGUACUUUACAUAUUCAGUAGAAUAUAUGGAAUGUAUUCAGGAUCUUGCCCAGGAUCUUGCCCUGGUCCUUUUACGUCACGGAUGUCCUCUAGAUGCAGUGAAUGCAGGAGGCGAUACCGCCAGAGACCUUUUGCAGCAUGGUGGACUUGAGGACCAGAAUAUCCAUCUCAUUCAGACAUUGGUGAGUCCACCAACCACAGUAUUACGUCUGGAGGAAGCAGCUGCCAGAGUAGUCCUGCGACACAAGAUCAACUACCAAGACGUCCUUCCUCUGACGCUGCGUGAGCUGGUGGAUGGUGGAACUGCGGAAUUAGAGUUAGAAUUAUUAAAAUUAUUACAAACAAAUGAAGACAGCAGUGAAGACAGCAGUGAAGACAACAGUGAAGACAGUAGUGAAGACAGUGAGUAAUUUAUACUUACAAUUAAGUCAAAGGUUUUUUGCAAGGAUGCACUGAAGGCAAAAGGAGACAGAAGCCUAGAUUGAAUGAUGGAAUUAGAAACUUAACAGAUCACUUGUCUCAGCUCAACGUAUCGCUUUAGACUGAACACUCUUGAGAACCAUCGUCAACAGGCCUGGUCAUGAAAGGUCCUGUAAUAUAGAUUUCAUAUCACGAGAAAUUAGAGGGGUAAAUUUGACAGAUUUUGUUAGUUACUCUCAGAUCAAGUUCUGCAUUUUAAACCAUUUGUGCCACUAUGCAAACUCCUUUACGUUUUGAUACUUUAUGUUUUUAUGUGCCUUCUAUUACAAAUUGGUUGUUUUUUACUUUGCUACCUGAUAAGCCAUUGCUGCAACUUGUUCAGUCAUUGACUCAGGGUUCAAUGAAAAUUCCAUAAUUGGAUGUACAGUCCCGUGUACGUGCGGUCCUAAACGAAUGUAUUUGAACUUUUUUUGGGGGGGGGGGGAGGGGGAGGGGGGGGGGGGGGGCUUGUGUCCUUUUGGGCCUUUAGGCACGUGCAGAUUCAGGUUUUUGUAAAAGAGGGCACAAAGAGGUGACAUUUGUGUUCCUUUUUACCACAAAAUCCUUAGAUCGGGGCAAAAUCUGCCAUCUUGCAUGCAUUUUUUAUGUGUGCCUCAUUCAAAUUAAUGUAUAAUCAGUUAAGAAAUUAGGGGAGUCGCUCCCCCCCCCCCCCCUCCCUCUAUAACCACUACAGGUCCUGUGAAGAGAGAACUUAUCCCAACAAGAAGGAGGGGCAAAAGUAAAGGAUAAACAAAGUCUAGGAAGGGAAAACUAUUUUAUGUGUCAAAAUUUGAACACUUCAAUUUCGUCGUCAGACUGGCCAAUGUACUUUUCACUUUGCCAAACCUGAACUUGAUAGCCUUAUUAAUGCAGUGUUUUUUCUUGUUUUGAUUGAAACUGGUUGAAUUCUUGAAUCUAUGUAUUUUUACAUUUUUUGUAAUAUUAUUGUUUAGGAAUGUUGCAUUAAAUUCAUUAAUUUUCAGUCACCUUUUACUCUCAAAUUAUGUUAACUAUUGCUCACUGUGCCUACAUACCUAGGUGCCCCUCAGGGGUGUGUCCUAUCUCCGGUUUUGUUUUCACUGUAUACAAGUGAUUGUGUAAGCUCUACUUCUUGUUGUGUAGCAUACUAAAAUAUGCUGAUGACACCGUAAUUACUCUUUUGUCUAAUCAGGCGAAUGAUUACUUCUCACAAGUAGACGAAUUCAUUCGCUGGUGUGAUGAUCAUUACUUAACAUUAAACACAACCAAAACCAAAGAAAUGGUAAUCGACUUCCGUCGAAAAGGUACAGACCACGAGAAAGUAAUCAUUCAUAAAGAGACGAUUAUAUCUUGGAACUGUCUUAAAUGACAAAUUAUCAUAGAGGGAUAGCACACAAUCCGUAAGAAAGCUAACAAGCAUUGUUUUUUCUGCGUAAGUUGAAAAGUUUCCAUAUAGAUGCAAAAUCCUGACCCUGUUCUACAAUUCAAUAAUAAAGAGUGUCCUGCUUUUCAAUUAUUAAA